CCCGAAAUCAAAUCUAAACGCCAGUCAGUUGAGGGAGACGUCUAAGCGGGGACGUCCACCUCGCAGUGUAUUUUCGAUUUUAUUCAUUUUUCUUGCAGUUUCUUAGUUCAAUUUUAACUUUGUCUUUGCUUGGUAUCAACAGGCAACUUUUCAGAGUUGGUUUGGAUUAUCAGUGAUCAGUUUUAUAGUGUUUUUUCGAAUGCGCAUUAAUCACGGUGGGCCUGUGAAUUUGACUGUCGUCCAAUGGCGUAGGUAGUCAAUCACUUGCUGCUUUGAGUGCGUGAAAAACUGAUUAUUCUCAAGCUUAGAAGGAAACAAACUUCUGGAAUUGUGCGUGCACUUAUUAAAAUCAAUCGUUAUCUUUUCGAUAGCUAAGUGGAUUCUGAGGAAAAUUAACUUCGUUCUUUGUUGGACGUCCUUCAGGCCAAUCAGCUACGCAUUGAUUAGAAACAAAGCCAUUUAGAACGCAACUGAACCCCAUAAAAUUAACUGGGUAGUUGAACAAGAACCAGUCAAUUUCAAUUUGACUUUCGUGCACGAGUCGGUUUCGAGAUGGAGCGUGAAUCAAACCCUAUGCAGGCUCUAUGUCGGUCUGGCUGUGGAUUUUAUGGGAGCCCUGCGACGGAUGGACUCUGCUCACUUUGUUAUAAAGAACAGCUGAAGAAAAAGCAACAACUUCCUACCAAUACACCAGCUAGUCUUAGUUCCUAUCGGGAAACUUCCACAGCUCAACCAACCAUUAGCCAUCUUCCAACCCAAACUGUCUCUGAAUUAACUACAGAGUUGUUUUUUCAGAGUGCUGAAGAGGCACAAUCACCUUCACAUCAAUCCUCCGUGGCGGCCGCCGCAGUGGCAGCUGUUGUCAUUCCCGCUGAUGAAGCUCCUUCGCCCGAUCCAGCGUCUCCAUCCGGCUCUUCGGACACCACGACGUCCGGUCUCGACGAAAAAGACAGCGACAAGGAUGCAAAGAAGAAAAAGAACAGAUGUGCUACGUGUCGUAAGAAGGUUGGAUUAACUGGUUUUGAAUGCCGCUGUGGGGGUCUUUUCUGUGCCGUUCACCGAUACAGCGAUAAGCACGACUGCAGUUUUAACUACAGGGAAAUGGGAGCUCAAGAAAUUAGACGUAACAACCCCGUUGUGGUUGGUGAAAAGAUACAGAAGAUCUGAGCCCCGCCACACGGACCACAGCCGUCUGAGUAUCUCAACUCAGUGGGUGUGUCUAAAAUCAAAUUCGCAUUACUAUCUAUUAAUUACUGACUUAGUGAAGCCGAGGCGUGUUUCGUGAUCGGUGCGAUCUUAAUUGAUAGUUAUCGAUAAUAUUAGCAAAAUUACGUGCCUCUCGCGCUUAGGACGAAUAAUUCGAGUGCUUCAGGUGGACAGUGCGUUGUGACCGGGCCAAUAUGGCAGGUUGUCGGUUCAGCUACGGUUUUCGUGGGAAAGUUAAGGGGUUUUAAUUAGAUUUCAAUAUUUUUCUGGUCUGAACCCUUUGUACCAAAGUACUGAGUGUUGCGUCAGGGUAGAUUGUGCCGGACACUGAAUACUUACUCUGCGGCAGCAUGAUCAUUUGGAACGUAGAUUUUUGGAAGAGCAUUUUAAAACAAAGAGUUGCACGCACAAUUAAAAUUCUCUUCCAAAGCUGACCAACUGCCAUUGUGUAAAUUAGAAGACUUGUCUGUUCGAUUACCAUUACCUUAUUAUUGCCACUGAAAUUAUACUUCCGACGUUUAGUUUUUAUUAAAUAAAUAAAAAUUAUUAGCUAUGUACUUGUCAUUUUAGCUUCUUUGUUAUGUAUAUAGCCAAUAUUGUUUAAAUGUUUUUCGGGCCUCCCAAAGAAGGGUUUGUUGCAAAUUCAGGAGAUAUUUUCGGGUUUGUAAUGGUGGUCCCAACGCCUCACUAACAUCAAAAUUACGCCGUACUCAACGCCAGUUUUUUUAAGCCGGCAAUUUAUAUAAUCAAACGCUCAACAUUUCAAUUAUCUCAGAAAGCUUCAAAGGAUAUGAAUGAAAAUAAAAUUUUCACCUAUUCAAUAUAUUGACUUAAUCUACGUACGCUGAAAUUAUCUCUUUUACCGAAUGGCUUGCUCUUACAUUGAUCGAAAUUUACAAGUGCAAUAUCGAGUGUACAGUAAAAACUGAAAACAUUCUGGACCACCUAAAAUGAAACAUUUCUUGCAAAGUUGUUAAAACUGUUAAUACCAACCAACCUUUCUCAUAGGUUUGCAAUGUUUACUGGUUAGCUACUUUCCCUUUAUAUUAAUCUUGUGAGUUGGAUAGUUCAAAAUGUAACGUUACUCUUCACAAAUUAAGGCUUCUCUAUAUACAAAUAUUGGCUUUUUAAUUCACAAUCUUAAUGUUACCAUAUCAGAUUUGCUCUCAACUGUUUCCUAAGAUUUUUAAUUCGAUUAACACACAGGCUUAUCGGUUUGCUUACCCGAAAAAGACCAUCUAAUGAAUAUGUCCAUUUGUUUUAAUUUAGAGAAUGUUCGGUUUUAGUUUCAUAUCCUCAUUCUUUAAUGUGCAAGUAGUAUUUGUUAGGAUUUGUUUAGGUUUAUUAAACUGCGUUAUUGAUUUGUUUUUUUUUGUUUGGAAUAUUAUCGAGCCUUGGCAAUAACAGAAGCUGAAUGAAGCAUUUUUUUAAUUGGAAUACCUGAUUAGUGGAUACAACUUGUAAUAAAAAAACACCCUUUAUUUGAUUAUAGAUUCUAGUCAGCUUUAGCAUAUCUAACAGAUGACCAAAUUGCUUAUGUGUAACAAGAUUACAGUCCUCAAUCUAUACUAGUUCAAAUAUGUGAAACAAUAGGCGGGUUUUCAAAUGAUUUUUCUUGCUUAGAAUUUAUUCUGGGUGGGUGGGUAACGAGUUAACGGUUAUUUCUUAUUAACUUAUUUUGAGAGAGGAGUUAAUAAAAUUAGUGAUAUUAUUUUUAAGAUGUUACUAGCGCCCAGUACAUUCUAAAGGUAGUCGAGGCUUUACAUUCAGCGUUCUUACUCUUGGUUGUACUAUAUCGAAAAAAAACCUCAGGCAAGCUUCUCUAAAGCACAACGUGAUUAAAUCGACGCUAUUUACUAUUCGUUUCCUGAGAUUUUUGCUACUAGAAUAACACAGGUUGCACUAAUUUUUGGACUCUUUGUUAUUAGACAACGUGGUUUGUGUUAAUCAUAUUACGUUUUUUUUAUUAGCACAUUAUUUUUCUGUCUAUCUAUAGUUUGAGCCAUAUUAUAUAUCGUGCAAGAAAAAAUUAGUAAAUGCCAAAAAAAGUUUGUUUUCCUUAUCAUUUAUCAAACUACAAACUGUUUACAUAUUAUUAUUAUUCUAUUACUAAGUAAAGCCUUGUGUGGCAAUGUCUAAUAAAUCUAUUAUACAAAU